CACAAUGAACGUCGGAGGAUGACGUAGCGCCGCCGGACAAAACUUACGAAAAUAAUUUUGGUUCACGUACUUCUUCGUUUUAGCAAGUAUAAGUUGUGUUGUGUUCGUGAUUAUCAACAUGUUUUAGUGAAUCAUAUGUGUCCGGUUUGGCUUAGUUUUAAAGUUACUUUGUGUUUUGUUUGGUUUGUUAUUUACGAUGAAGUUGGACUCGGGAGCUGGUAGGCGUCGCGGCCGCAGCCUGCUCGGCAGCCUCGCAGGGUUGAGCCUCCUGCUGUGGGCAGCGCAGGCCGCUACUCCGCUCGGCCCCUCCGACAGGCCGGAGGCCUAUUUCAACGGCAGCUCCUACAUACGGCUCUCGAGGCCCAUAUCACUCAAGCAGCUCGUCGGCCUCAACUUUCGGACGUGUGUUGGGGGCGAGCUGUUCUCUCAGCGUUUCGCCGGCUACACUCUUCAUGUGACCGCCCUGCUGAAGCAGGUCGUAGUUUCCUGGGUCAGACCUGGGCAGCCACAACGGGAGCAGGCCAUGAACAGAAGCACCCUGGACAACAAGUGGCACUGGGUGGCUCUGAACUACCAGGCUAACCCUCCGUCGCUGCAUCUCGAGGUCGACAGAGAGUCUAAGGUGAUCUCCAACCGCACGCUGAACUCAGCUCUGCUCUCCCCCGGGAACCUGCAGGCGGACGGCGCCGAGGUUCUGGUUGGCAACGUAUUCGUCGGCUGCAUACACGAGGGCCCGCAGCUCGAGUUCCACGCCAGCGCGCAGCUGAGGAACGUGGAGUUUGGCGAGUGCCCGCUCACCAACAACUGCACCGUGCGGCAAGAAGACGUGCAACAGCAUCUACCCAGGGACCGCUGCUACAACGAGCCCUGUAUGCGGCACGGGACAUGCAUCUCCAGGCUCGACAACUACGAAUGCAUAUGCUCAGCGCGUUACACCGGCAAGAACUGCGAAGUGGACACAGGGGACCCGUGUGCGUCGGGCCCGUGCCAGCACGCGGCCCGCUGUGUCGAGGACGCGCGGGGCGACUAUCAGUGCGUCUGCGACCCGCGGUACCACGGAGUGCAUUGCGAGCUGGAGGUGUCAGAGGACCCGCUGUGCGUGGCCGGACCUUGCCGCAACAACGGCAGCUGCAGCGUGCCACCGACGGCCGACACCUACGUGUGCUCAUGUCCGCCUGGAUACACGGGUCGAAAUUGUGAAACGGAUGUCGACGAGUGUGCAUCUUCGGGCGCCAGCGUAGCGUGUCUUAACGGAGGCCGCUGUGUGGACGCGGUCAACAACUUUACUUGCGACUGUACUGGAACUGGUUACACUGGUCCCCGUUGCGAGUCCAACGUGAACGAAUGUCUAGAGGAGCGCGAUAUAUGCGGGCACAACGGGUUAUGCUACGACACGUACGGCGGUUUCGUGUGCGUCUGCCAGCCGGGGUACACGGGCGAGCGCUGCCACAGGAUGGCGCCAUCGCCCUGCACAUCCAACCCUUGCGGCGCCGGCGGGGAAUGCAUCGAGGACGGUCCGGUGGACUUCCACUGCAAGUGUCGCCGCGGCUGGGCGCCGCCGCUCUGCGCCACGCCGCUCCCGGCCAGCUGUGACGUCACGUGUCCCCCUCGCUCGCACUGCAAGGAGACCGGUGUGCCGGCUAUGGUUACUGGCGUCAUGAUACAGAAGCAAGUGAUGUGUGUAUGCGACCUGGGAUACUACGGUGCCCCAGGGUUGUCACCAAACUGCACGACGCUCGAGCUGGCGUGCGAGUCAGGGGUGUGCCAAAACGGCGCCACCUGCAGUCUGGGCACCGACCAUUUCAACUGCACUUGCGCGCCUGGAUAUAAAGGAGCGUACUGCGAGCUGGCCGCAGCGAAGGCGCUCUCGGAUCUGAAGGCGGCGCCGGAGCGCUGCGCCUCGCAGCCCUGCGCGCACGCUGACUCCUGCCAGGACACGCCCAUGGGUUUCCGCUGCUCCUGCCUGCAAGGCUGGUCGGGCGUGCGUUGCGACGUGCCCGACACGUGCUCCCCGCCGUGCCAGAACGACGGCGUGUGCGAGGACGGCGCCUGCACGUGCCACGUCGGCUACGAGGGCGCGGCUUGUGAGAUAGCCGACUGCAGGGCGGCUGGCUGCCCGCACCAACAGGAAUGCGUCGAGCAAAACGGCACUUGGCGUUGUAUCACACCAGUGGACGAAUCAGCGUGCACGCCUCACCCGUGCAACAACGGUACCUGCGUGCCAUUGGACGGCGGCGGGUUCGUGUGCCAGUGCACCGCCGGCACCAAUGCGGACCAAUCAGCGUGCACGCCUCACCCGUGCAACAACGGUACCUGCGUGCCAUUGGACGGCGGCGGGUUCGUGUGCCAAUGCACCGCCGGCACCAAUGGUGAGUGUUGUGACGCUAGCGGACCAAUCAGCGUGCACGCCUCAACCGUGCAACAACGGUACCUGCGUGCCAUUGGACGGCGGCGGGUUCGUGUGCCAGUGCACCGCCGGCACCAAUGUGCACCGCCGGCACCAAUGGUGAGUGUUGUGACACCAGCGGACCAAUCAGCGUGCACGCCUCACCCGUGCAACAACGGUACCUGCGUGCCAUUGGACGGCGGGGGGUUCGUGUGCCAGUGCACCGCCGGCACCAAUGGAAAAUUCUGCGAUGUCGACAUCGACGAAUGCGCGGUCAAACCGAAGAUAUGCAACAACGGCGUGUGCGUCAACUCGCCUGGCUCCUACCAGUGCUAUUGCAGACCCGGUUACACCGGAGAGAGCUGCGAGCAAGACAUUAAUGAGUGUCUCUCGGCGCCGUGCAAGAACGGAGGCGUGUGCCACGACCUGGAAAACAACUUCGAGUGCACGUGCAAGGAAGGGUACAAAGGCAAAGACUGCUCAAUAGACAUCAACGAGUGCGACUCUUCGCCUUGCGCAGAGGGCUCGACUUGCGUGGACGGCGUCGCGAGCUACUCUUGCGUGUGCCAGGACGGACUCACCGGACCGACUUGCGAUGUCAACAUUGACGACUGUGAAUCUCAGCCGUGCCAGCACGGCGGGCGCUGCAUCGACGGCCUAAACACAUACACAUGCGACUGCAGCAACACCGGGUACACGGGCGUGCACUGCUCCGUCAACAUCGACGAGUGCGCCUCGCAGCCGUGCCAGCACGGCGCCACCUGCCGCGACCUGGUCUCCGACUACCGCUGCGAGUGCCACCAGGGAUACACCGGUAAAAACUGUGACGUGGAUAUCCAAGAAUGCGCUAGCAAUCCUUGCAAGUACGACGGGAUAUGCGUGGAGCACAGCAACACCAGCCUCUACCAGCCGCCGGACGGGCCCCCCGUACAGCUGGGCCCGCAAGCUCACAUGGUGCUGCCUGAUGUCUUCUACAGGCCCUUCUCUCCUGAGAACGCUCACGGCUACGAAUGCAUAUGCGUGUUCGGCACGACCGGCUCCCGCUGCGAGGUGAACAUCGACGAGUGCGCGGCGAGCCCGUGCCGCCACGGCAAGUGCAUCGACGGCGUCGGCGCCUACACCUGCGAGUGCCUGCCCGGCUACGAGGGCCAGCACUGCGAGGUGGACAUCAACGAGUGCAAGAUAUAUGAUCCCUGCGGCAUCCACGGACGCUGCUACGACGGCCGUGCGACUUACUACUGCGCCUGCGACCCCGGUUGGGGCGGACGCAACUGCUCAGUUGUUCUAGAAGGUUGCCGUCAGCAACCUUGCCGCAACAACGGAACCUGCUUACCUUGGCUGCGUCAUGAGACAGAGCAUCGGUUCAACUGUAGCUGUACCCCGGGUCACCAUGGCCGCACUUGUGAGAAGAUCACAACAAUGUCCCUCGAAAAGCGCAGCUACGCCGAAAUCAACACGACCCGCGAGGAAGGCUACGACAUUUCCUUCCGUUUCAAGACCACGCUCGGCAACGGCCUGUUGGCUAUGGGCCGCGGGCUCACGUACUUCUUCCUGGAGCUGUCCAACGGCCGCCUCAACCUGCACUCCUCGCUGCUCAACAAGUGGGAGGGCGUCUUCAUCGGCUCCAACCUGAACGACAGCAACUGGCAGAAGGUGUUCGUCACAAUCAACUCUUCGCACCUUGUUCUCGCCGCCAACGAGGAACAAACAAUCUACCCCAUCAGCCAGAACGAAGCCUACAACUCUUCCGUGACCUCCUUCCCGACCACGCGGCUCGGCACCGCCGGCUCUUCCUACGCCACUGUCACGCACGGACCCAACUUCUUCGUGGGGUGCUUCCAGGACGUAGUCGUCAACAACCAGUGGGUACUCCCAGAAGACUCGAACGCGACAGCUCCAGAUCCAGAGGUCGACGAGCCGGACACGGUGGUCCGCGCGCAGCUGCACGGCGUGCUCGCCUCGUGCCCGCGCAAGGAGCAGUGCUCGCCCAACCCGUGCCGCUCGGGCGCCUGCGAGGACGCCUGGAGCUCGUUCGUGUGCACGUGCCCCAGGCCGCACCUCGGCGACACGUGCCAGUACAGUGAGUACACCGCAUCACUACAGACACGGCGUGCUCGCCUCGUGCCCGCGCAAGGAGCAGUGCUCGCCCAACCCGUGCCGCUCGGGCGCCUGCGAGGACGCCUGGAGCUCGUUCGUGUGCACGUGCCCCAGGCCGCACCUCGGCGACACGUGCCAGUACAACACGGCGUGCUCGCCUCGUGCCCGCGCAAGGAGCAGUGCUCGCCCAACCCGUGCCGCUCGGGCGCCUGCGAGGACGCCUGGAGCUCGUUCGUGUGCACGUGCCCCGGGCCGCACCUCGGCGACACGUGCCAGUACAGUGAGUACACCGCAUCACUACAGACACGGCGUGCUCGCCUCGUGCCCGCGCAAGGAGCAGUGCUCGCCCAACCCGUGCCGCUCGGGCGCCUGCGAGGACGCCUGGAGCUCGUUCGUGUGCACGUGCCCCAGGCCGCACCUCGGCGACACGUGCCAGUACAACACGGCGUGCUCGCCUCGUGCCCGCGCAAGGAGCAGUGCUCGCCCAACCCGUGCCGCUCGGGCGCCUGCGAGGACGCCUGGAGCUCGUUCGUGUGCACGUGCCCCAGGCCGCACCUCGGCGACACGUGCCAGUACAACACGGCGUGCUCGCCUCGUGCCCGCGCAAGGAGCAGUGCUCGCCCAACCCGUGCCGCUCGGGCGCCUGCGAGGACGCCUGGAGCUCGUUCGUGUGCACGUGCCCCAGGCCGCACCUCGGCGACACGUGCCAGUACAGUGAGUACACCGCAUCACUACAGACACGGCGUGCUCGCCUCGUGCCCGCGCAAGGAGCAGUGCUCGCCCAACCCGUGCCGCUCGGGCGCCUGCGAGGACGCCUGGAGCUCGUUCGUGUGCACGUGCCCCAGGCCGCACCUCGGCGACACGUGCCAGUACAACUACACUGCCGCGACCUUCGGUCAAGAAUCCGCUACGCCCCACUCGGUGGUAACAGUGGCGGUGCGUGAGAGCGCUCGCCGAGCUGUCCACGCCGCGCUCGACAUAUCCAUGUUCAUACGGACCCGCAAACCCACAGGACAGAUCUUCUACUUGGGCUCCAUGCCGAGGUACGGUCAAACCGAAGAGACCCUAGUCGGCGCAUCGCUCAAAGGCGGAGAGUUGCUGGUACACCUUCGUUUCAACCAGACCCCGGAAGAUUACACCGUGGGAGGCACCCGGCUUGACAACGGCAACCUGCAUCUCAUACAGGUUGUGAGAAAUUCCACGCUGGUGCAAGUGAAACUGAAUGGGACAGAAUACUUCAGGAAGUCUAUAUCGGCUGCGAAGCAACUCGACGCUCAGGUGCUGUACCUAGGCGGGCCUCCGCCGCCGCCGCCCGAGGCCAGCACGCCGGCGCCCACGUCCGCGGCGCCCGCGGGUCCCGCCGACUCCUCCCCCGCGCCGGUCACCCCGCGGGUCCCCACCGACGCCGACUACUUCAAGGGCGUCAUACAGGAUGUGCAAAUCUCAAACGGCGUGAACGUGACCAUAGUGGAGUUCUUCCCUCUCCGCGUAUCCGGUCUCCGGCUGCCACAGUCCUUCGGCGACGUGACGCUGGACCCGGCCGGCGUGUUGCCGGGAGAGGUGUCCGACGACGCGUGCGCGUCCCGCCCGUGCCUGCACAACGCCACCUGCAGCGUCACGUGGAACGACUACACGUGCUCGUGCCCGCGCGGCUUCAAGGGCAAGCAGUGCGCGGAGGUGGAGUUCUGCCAGCUGCAGGCCUGCCCGGUCAACUCGCACUGCCGGAACCUCGACGGGGGUUACGAGUGCAUAUCCAACGCGACGUUUGACGGCGUGAACACGACGCUAGGCUACCGGCUGCGGCGGCCGCGCUCUCUGCUCGGCGGCGCCGACCUACAACCGCCCACUUCUAUCACCAUCACGUACAGGACGAAGCUCGGUGGCACCCUCUUCAGAGCGGAAAGCGUCACUGGCGCGGAUGCCUGGUUCUCAGUGGGCGUUUACAAGGAGCAAGCUUCUAUAGAGUGGCGACUCGGCGGCGCGUGGCCCGAGAAACGGUCAAUACGGCGGUCACUGCAAACACACUCGCAAUGGAGCGUCCUCAAGAUCGCCGUAGCAAGAGACGUUCUCACUGCGGCUUUCAUAGACAACACCGGACACGACGAAAUCACAACAACGUCCCCUAUAGACCAAGCGGCCUGGCAGUCUCUGCUUAUAGACGGACGCAUCUUCCUCGGCGGCUCGGCGCCGCAGGAACACACUCUGCCGCCCCUGAUCGAAACGUCGACGGAACCAAACGUGUUCGAGUACACGGAAGGAGACGGUUUCACUACGGACAACGAAGUCGGCAAAUACUUCAAGGGCUGCAUGGGCGCCGUGUACGUGGGCUCGCUGCUGCUGCCAUUCUUCACCGACGAUGAGCUGUACGUCGGCACGGCGGCCGCUAAGCACGCUCAACCACACUACGAACUGAUAAGCGGCCGGCCCUGGGGCACAGGCGAUGGCGGCACCACUAUCGGCUGCGUGCUCUGCCUCGAGCAAGACUGCGCCCGCGGCGGCCGCUGCGAGGACGUCCGCUCCUCGUACGCGUGCGCGUGUCCCGCAGGUUACUCCGGUGACUACUGCGAGACCGAUAUAAACGAGUGCUUGCAGAACAAAUGCCAAAACGGAGCCACUUGUAGAGAUCUCGUAGCCAACUACACAUGCGAAUGCCCAGAGGGAUUCACCGGACCAUUUUGCGAAACGGACAUCGACGAAUGCGCGUCCACACCGUGCGAGCACGGCGGAACGUGCACAGACACGCCCGGCGGGUUCCUGUGCACGUGCGCUAGCGAGUGGCGCGGGAACCGCUGCCAGACGCCGCGCGAGCGCACCUGCGCGCACCAGCCCUGCCAGCACGGGGCUACCUGUAGGGACGUGCCAGACCCGCCGCGAGGCAACAACUACACGUGCACGUGCUCGAGCGGCUGGGUGGGCGUGCACUGCGAGCGCGCCUACUGCGAGCUGCAGCCGUGCCAGCACGGCGCCUGUGUCACCGACGCCGAGGUCCCUAGCUGCGCCUGCGACCCCGGCUUCACCGGAGUGCACUGCGAGACGGAACGGGACGAAUGUGCCGAGGGCGGAGCCUCGCGCUGCAUGCACGGCGGCACCUGCCGUCACACCCGCGGCGGCUUCCUCUGCGUGUGCCCGCCAGCGUGGACAGGCCUCCACUGCGAGGCCGACGUCAACGAGUGCGACAAGGAUAGUGUGAGCUGUGGCCCCACCGGCACUUGCGUCAACUUGCCUGGCUCCUACAUAUGCCAAUGCGAGCGCGGCAAAUGCGGUCACGAGUGCGCCCUGGCCGACCCGUGCUUCCCCGCGGGCAACGAGACCGGCCCGUGCGAGCACGGCGGCAACUGCACGCAGCGCUGCAGCGACGUCCUCGACUACACGUGCGAGUGCGUGGACGGCUGGGCCGGCAAGAACUGUUCCCAACAGAGCGUCGCAGCAGAGUCCGAAGGCGGUGACUCAACAUCGUCCACAGUCCUCAUCGCCGUCGGCUGCGCGUUGCUCGCCGCGGCCCUAGCAGCGCUAGCGCUGGGCGCGCUCUGCGCACAGGCGCGGCGGAAGCGGGCCACGAGGGGCACCUACAGCCCUUCAGGACAGGAGUACUGCAACCCGAGGGCCGAGAUGAUGCACCACGCGCUCAAGCCGCCGCCCGAGGAGCGGCUCAUAUAAGGAUCCUCAGUGAGAGCGGUGUCCGCUCGACCAAAACAUGUACCUGCGCGGUGAGCUUUACACCGCGCCCGCCCGCAUCACUCGCCGAACCUAAUACCGAUGAAAAACAACUACCACGAAAAUGUACGGAAUUUUAUAACAUUGUUGUGUCAAGUUUUAAACUUUCACUUUCCUAAAUAGAAUAUUCUAUGAAACUUUUAGAAUUCAGAAAUUUAUAGCCUUUAUGAAUGUGACAUUAUACACAUGGAUAUUUAGUGUUGCCCUGAGCGAAUUAUACGUAGGUUUUGUAGUAUUUAUGAAUUCAAAUUUUUGUAGAUUUGUUAUUACAAAUUUUAUGACUAUGGAUUUUUAAGAAAGUGACUUUGAAGUAUACCUGAUAAGAAUACUAUUUUCAGAUGUUUGUCAUAAUUGAGAUAUUUAUACGUAUAAAUAUAAGAAGAGGAUACUUGUAUUCUUAAGUUAUAUACAGAAGAAAUAAAUGUCUAAUUUAAAAGGUGCAUAAAAAAUGUAUGUGUCUUUAAAGAUGUGACAGAGCGAGAGGCGUGUUGCUGUCUCGUGCUCGCAAAUAUGAGCUUGUAUUUACUAUUGUAGUUUAGUUGAAAGUUCAAUAUAGGGUUUCGAUAGUACUUAAACUGUCUCUAAUGUUAGUGACCUUACCUAGCGCGUGCAACGCCAAGAAAAGGAGUACCUUACACAAUGAAGCUUACAAUCAUAGUUAAGGACCAGUGUUGUGACAUGUCACGUUUUAUAAAAAAUAAUGAACUAAUAUUGUGAACUAUUUCACAUGUGCUCAACUCUCGAUUUCAAUAAUCACUAUAUGUACUUCUUGAACUCGACAUUUCAUUUAUUUGUAAUUAUAAAUGUCUUUUUUACUCCUAAGAUUAAGGACACCAUAUCAUUGUAUUUGUAAUUAUAUUUAUACACUUGGCUCAUCAAUUAAUCUAACCCUAUGUCAAAAACACGUCCCAAUAUCAAUUUUAUAAACACUAAUCAUAUUUUAUAAAAUGACAAUCAUGCUAUUUUUAUAAAUAUUGUACUUAAGAUGUAUUCUAAAUCUGUAACGGUGUGCGUCCAUGUAGAAGUUUUAUUGAAUGACUGUAAUGUUAAAUUAUAUUGUAUUUAGUAGUGUACGAUCGAAAUGUGAUGAGAAUUUGUGACUACUCUCCUUCUUAUAAAUAUAAAUAAGUCUGUGUUGCUUGAGCAUACCGGGUGCGCGUAGUAAUAUAAGUACAGACCCUUAUGAGAGAAGUCACACCGCUGGCGUGGUCUGCGCGGUCGGUCGUCACGUCAUGUAGCACACCACACAUGCGGGAACCUCUACACACACGCGGUCGGUGUGCUCAGGCCUUUAGUUAAAAUAAAACUCGACGUGCAUUUGUGACUUGUGUGCAGAAUGUUGAAAUUUAAUAUUAAGAAGGUAAGAGCGUAACAGAUUCUAAAUUAGUUAAAGACGAGGCGGCGCCGAAGGUGCGCGACGCGCUAUGCUCAUAGUUCACGUGAUUACUGAUUAUAGUUCACAUUGUUAUGUUAGUUCACACAACUAUACUCGGGAGUAACACAGUAUUAUUGUUCACACAGGGAUAACAAUGUUUCACUUUAAUAAGUGUAACAAUGUUACUUUAUAAAGGUUUUUAAAUUGAUUUGAAAUUUGAUUUGAUGAUUAAAAAAAAAAAUAUAUAAAUUUAUAAAUCGU